AUGGAUCUGCUGCCCAGCCUGUCCCCUGUCACCUGGCUGCUCUUCAUCGCCUGCCUGUGCCUCGUGGCCCUCUAUGGGAUAUGGCCCUACCAGACCUUCAAGAAGCUGGGUAUUCCUGGCCCACGGCCUCUGCCUUUUGUGGGAACUUUCCUGGAGUACCGGCAUGGAGUCCACAAUUUUGAUCAGAAAUGCUUUGAAAAGUAUGGAAAAAUCUGGGGGUUUUAUGAUGGCAGGCAGCCCGUGCUGGCUGUUUUGGACCCCAUCCUCAUCAAAAACAUCCUGGUGAAAGAGUGUAAUGACAUUUUUACUAAUCGCCGGAACUUUCGUCUGAACGGGAUCCUGGAGUCGGCCCUCAACGUGGCUGAAGAUGAGCAGUGGAAAAGGAUUCGUACAGUGCUGUCUCCAACCUUCACCAGUGGGAAGCUGAAGGAGAUGUUCCAUAUCAUUAAUCACUAUGGUGAAAAAUUAGUGCAAAACAUUGAGAAGAAGGUGGCUAAUGAUGAGUUCGUGACUGCGAAGGACAUUUUUGGAGCUUACAGCAUGGAUGUGGUGACCAGCACUUCUUUCAGUGUCAAUGUUGACUCCAUGAACAACCCCAAUGACCCCUUUGUCACCAACAUUAAGAAAUUUCUCCAAUUCAGUUUCCUAAGUCCUGUUUUCUUACUCUUAGUGUUGUUCCCCUUUGUUAUUCCUGUGCUGGAAAGGAUGAAGGUGACUCUGUUACCCUCAGACGUCAUGGACUUCUUCAAGAAUGUCUUCACAAAAAUGAAGAAGGAACGGGAAAAGAGCAGCAGCACGAACCGGGUGGAUUUCCUGCAGCUCAUGAUUGAAUCACAGAACUCACAUGAUGGCUCCAAGUCUGCUGAGACCAACUUGGACAAAACAUUAAGUGAUGAGGAGGUUCUGGCCCAGGCUCUUAUCUUUGUCUUUGCUGGUUAUGAGACCACCAGCUCCACCCUCAGCUACAUAGCCUACAACCUGGCCACCCACCCUGAUGUGCAGCAGCGACUCCAGGAUGAGAUCGAUACACACCUGCCCAACAAGGCUGCUCCCACGUACAGCACAAUCACUCAGAUGGAGUACUUGGAUAUGGUGGUGAACGAAUCCAUCCGGCUCUACCCUGCCGGGGGCCGGCUCGAGAGGGUCUGCAAGAAGACUGUGGAGCUCAGUGGAGUGAUUAUUCCAGAGGGAAUGGUGGUCCUGAUCCCAGCCUUCGUGCUGCACCGCGACCCGCAGUACUGGCCAGAGCCGGAUGAGUUCAGGCCUGAGAGGUUUAGUAAAGAGAACAAAGAGGGUAUUGACCCCUAUACCUUCCUGCCAUUCGGGGCUGGCCCCAGGAACUGCAUAGGGAUGAGGUUUGCUCUCCUCAUUGUGAAAGUGGCUGUGGUUGUCCUGUUGCAGAACUUCUCAUUCAGACCCUGCAAAGACACACCGGUGAGGAUGUGGGGUGAUGUGUGUCAUUAUCUGCCCCCUACUCCCUUUGAGAUGGUCCUACUGUUGCAUGGGAAUAACUGUUUAAAUAUCUUCAGUUAAUUUUAAGGGCCUCACUGCAAGUUACUUACGCUUUUUUAAAAAAGCCUCUACAGAAGCAUAUUUAAUGUUAGUGGGAUGUUUAGGCUGAAAUCCCUGAGGUCCUGUGCCUGUCUUUGGGUGCACCUAAAUUGUGGGGUGCUCUCCCCUACAGUGCACCGUUGGUCUCUUUGACCCAGCUUAGGAAAGACCCUGCUCCAGAGAGCAGGAAAGGAA